AUGGCAAAGUCCGGUUUAUUAUUGAUUCAUCCAGCUAUCACUACUACUCCUGAGGAGGUGGAGAAGGCUAAGGCGGAUGCUGUAGCUGCUGAUGUUAAGAUCGCCAACCAGUUCCUGAUCAACAAAGUUAAUGAGGGCAGUGUUAAGUUGCAGAAGGGCAUUUAUGAUGUUAUUUACUACUUGACACCUGAGGCACCUGAUGCGAUUCUUUUCCCCAAGAAACUAAUAGGUGCUCUGAAUGAAGCCUUGAAAGUUGGUGGUGUGUUGUAUGGUCUGAGCGAUAAGUAUAAGAUCGAUGCGCUGGUGAACGACUUUGAUAUCGUUAGUGACAGUGGCAAGUACCACUGGGUUAAAAAGGUGAAUAUGGCCGUGAAGGCCGAGCCAGUUGCAGUUCCGUUAAAGAAGUCUGAGAAAUCUGAGCCAUCCAAGACAUUGCCAUCAUUCAAGAAAGCAGGUGAAAGCAAGCUACCAAGCUUCAAGAAGGCCGCAAACAAACCCUUGCCAACUUUCAAGAAGAAAGUUGAAGAGGCCAAGCCAAAGGUUGAAGCUAGAGUACACAAGGCUGAAAACGAUGACGAUGAACUGGAAGAUGAGGAGGAUGAAAACUUGUUCGAUGCUUCCAGAAGCAAGUACUUUGACGAAGAUGACUCAGAGUCCUUGGAUGAAGAUGAUUUACUAAAUGAGGAAGAUGCAAAGAACAUUGGAGGUAUCACUAUGAUUACCUGUGGUAAGAGCAAGACCAAGAAGAAGAAGGCUUGUAAAGAUUGUAGCUGUGGUAUCAAAGAGGAAGAAGAGGCCGAAAUCGAUAACAUUCGGAGUCAGCAGGACACUGUUGUUAAGUUUACUGAAGAUGAAUUAACAGAAAUCGAUUUCACAAUCGACGGUAAGAAAGUUGGUGGCUGUGGCUCAUGCUCUUUAGGUGAUGCUUUCAGAUGUACAGGUUGUCCAUACCUAGGUCUUCCAGCAUUCAAACCAGGUGAGCCUAUCAAUUUGGAUAGCAUCACUGAUGAUUUGUAA